AUGUCGCUGCAAAAUAUAUCGAAGUCUGCUGUGCGUAUCGGCAAAAAUUAUAUCAAGGGAUAUACGGAUACGCAGAUCAAGGUCCGUGAAGCCACGUCCAACGAUCCCUGGGGCCCGAGUGGAGCCCAGCUGAAUGAGCUCUCGCAGCUGAGUCACAACCCGACCGACUUUAUCGAGAUGAUGGAAAUCCUGGAUAAGCGACUGAAUGACAAGGGGAAAAACUGGAGGCAUGUAUUCAAGGCGCUGUCUGUGCUGGACUACCUGCUGACGUCGGGUAGCGAGAAUGUAUGGAACUACUUCCAUGACAACAUAUACAUUGUCAAGACUCUGAAAGAGUUUCAGUACGUGGACGAUGCCAACAUUGAUCAGGGCAUCAAUGUGCGUCAGAAGGCGAAGGACAUCACAGCGCUCCUGCUAGACGACUCGCGCAUGCGACAUCGUCGCCGAAUGCGCAUGGAGGAAGAGACGCGUUUCCGCGCGGCUGGCGAUUACACCGACGAUGCGGGCCGCCGAAGAAGGCAGCGUGAGCAGGAGCGCAUGUCUGCCGAGGACCGAGAGCUUGAGCAGGCGCUUGCCGAGUCACGCCGCAUGGCCCAGGAGGAAGAGGAGCGGCGGCGUCGAGAAGCGGAGGAUGAGUCGAACCUGCAGCAGGCACUCAGAGCGUCGCGUGAAGAGGAAGAAAAGCGGAAGCAGAACGAGACGCUGAUUGACCUGGACAAGGAAGAGAGCGCUUCGCUUCAGCCCCAGUACACGUCCUUCAUACCAUUUCAGGCUACGGGCUUCAACCCCUUCUUCCAGGCGCAAAUGCAGCAGCAGGAAAUGCUUCAGCAGCAGUACCUUCAGCAGCAAGAGUACCAGCGUCAACUCGCCUUGCAGCAGGCUGCCCAGCAGUACCAGUACAUGAUGACGCAACAGCCGGCGAUGAUGAUGCCGCAGCCCACGAGCUUCGGCUCGAACAACCCGUGGCUGUCGCCAUCGGCACCGGCGCCGGCUCCGGCGCCAGAGCCCGCCUCCCAAAAGACUGAUACCCUGAUUAACUUGGACGGAUCGGAAGAAGAAGGACCUGAAGACCCCGAGCCGAUGCCCAAGCCCAAGCCGCAGGGCCCGCCUCGUGCCAAGGUGACCAACAUGAACCCGGAGCUGAAUCGGCUGCUCGCGUCUGGUGAUGGUGUCGAUACCUUUGGCAACACGGGCGACAUGCGUCUUGGGCCCAAUGCUGCCAUGUGGCACCAAGCGAUGCAGCAGCAGCGGACGGGUCAGGCGGGAUCCAAUCCAUUUGCGAAGUGA